AUGCCGGUGCCGUCGUCGUACAACGACGUGGGCGAAGACGGCUCCCUGAGGGACCACGUGGGGCCGGUGUGGUACGACCGGCGGUUCCACGUGCCGCCCUGGUGGCUGCGAGACGGCCAGCGAGUGUGGCUCCGCUUCAGCAGCGUGCAUUACGCCGCGCAAGUGUGGGUAAACGGAAAACUGAUGAAGUAUCACGAAAUAGGUCACCUACCUUUCGAAGUGGAAAUAACUGAUGUGGUGCACCAAAACGCGAGCAACUUGCUAACGGUGGUAGUGGACAACACACUGCUGAGCGACACCAUCCCUCAAGGAACCAUCAAGGAUACGUUCAUCGGGAACAACAAAGUGCGACAGGAACAGACGUACACUUUCGACUUUUUCAACUACGCGGGCAUACAUCGCACCGUUUUCCUGUAUUCAACUCCGCAACUUUACAUCGAUGACGUCAUCGUAAAUACCGACAUACAAGGAUUGACCGGUUUUAUCGUCUACAACGUUACGCAUAGAGGGCCGAGUUCGGGCAACGUGGAAUGUCUAGUGCAAAUAUACGACAAGAACGACUCUCAGGUCGCAGCUUCCCAAGACUGCGCCGGCCUCAUAGAAAUAGGGAACGCAAACUUCUGGUGGCCAUACUUGAUGCAUCCCUACCCCGGCUACUUAUACACAUUUAAAGCGAGUUUAAUUGGAGCCCGUGGAGAAACGAUAGACACGUACAGCCAGAAAAUUGGCAUAAGGACGGUCACUUGGAGCAACACGACCGUCUACAUCAACGACAAACCGUUGUACUUGAGAGGGUUCGGCAUGCAUGAAGAUUCAGAUUUGCGAGGCAAGGGCUGGGAUCCGGUGCUGUGGGUGAAGAAUUUCAAUCUGAUCCGCUGGGUGGGUGCAAACGUGUUUCGCACGUCCCACUACCCGUACGCCGAGGAGAUAUACCAGCUGGCCGACGAGCAAGGAAUCAUGAUCAUAGACGAGUGUCCAGGGGUCGAUACCGACUUGUUCUCGGACGCGUUGCUGGCGAAACACAAGCAGUCACUGACAGAGCUGAUCCGACGGGACAAGAACCACCCCAGCGUCGUCAUGUGGUCAGUUUCCAACGAGCCCAGGUCCGCCAACCGCCUCGCCGACGCCUACUUCGGUGAAGUAGUGAGACACGUGAAAUCCAUGGACUUAUCGAGGCCUGUUACUAUCGCCAUCGCCCAAAGCUACGUCGCCGAUAAAUCCGCUCAGUACCUGGACGUGAUCAGCUUCAACCGAUACAACGGCUGGUACCACGCCACCGGCCAGCUCGCCGCCAUCACUGGCAACGUGGUGGACGAGGCCACCGCCUGGCACUUGAAGCACAACAAGCCUGUCAUCAUGACCGAGUAUGGCGCGGACACUAUCGCCGGGCUGCACUUGGUCCCAGAGUACGUGUGGUCUGAGGAGUACCAGGUAGCGCUGAUGUCGGAGCACUUUAAGGCUUUCGAUAGACUGCGGCAAGCCGGCUUCUUCGUGGGCGAGUUCAUUUGGAACUUCGCCGAUUUCAAAACCGCUCAAACUAUAACCCGCGUCGGUGGGAACAAGAAGGGCAUUUUCACGCGCUCGCGCCAGCCCAAAGCUUCGGCGCACCAUUUGAGGGCUCGCUACCUCUCCCUUGCGGCGGCCGACGCCGGCACGACGCCCCCAGAUGCCUCCUACUAUAUAUCGGACAACAGACCCACCAACCAUGGGGAGCUG